AUGGUGAAAGCUUGUUCGUCUACUAUGUUGAAGAACGUGAAGAAGAAAGCUUCGGAAUUAUCUACGCUGUGUAGCGUUGAUUUGUGCAUCUUAUCUUUCUCGGCCGACGGAAGAGAAGUGGAGACUUGGCCAGAAAAUCCUAACCAACUCAAACCCAUUCUCAGGCGAUACAAGGAACACCGAUCUAAAUUACUUAAUAAUAAUAAGACCGGAGUUGGAGUCAGAGGAGUCAGAGGAACAACCGAUCAAUUUCGACGACGAACAAGUCCACGGCCUUGUUCUUGGAAUAGAGACUCUAUUUUAUCGUUGGUUAAUGGUUUGUCCUCAAAUUCUUUGAAGAUUAUUUCCGACCAAAUCGCAACAAAGCUUCAGAUCAUCAAUUCCAAAAUAGAGUUCCUCAAAUCGCAGCAGCAACAAAGUUUCUCAAAUCUUUAUAAUUCAUAA